AUGAUGAUGAACAAAAAAGAUACUGGCGAUGAGAAUACUGGAACUGAAGGUACAUUGUCAAAUACUGAUGAUGAUGAUAAUGUGGAAAAUGCAAAUGAAUUACCAAAUAAAAAACCUAUAGCUAAAUUUGGUAGUGAACCUGGUAAAACCAAUAAAGUGACAUCAAAGAAAGGUAUCAAUCAAGAAAAUGAAAAUGAAACGAAGGAUGAAAGUGAUGCGAUGGCUUCCGGAAAAAAGUAUUUAACAGUUCGUAAAGGUAAAGCUGUUGGUUCAUCAAAAAAAGACUCAGAAAAAGAAAUUAAAGCUAAAGGUGAUCACAAUUUGUCCGAAGGUAAAAAUCUAGCUGAUGGUCAUCUUUUGAUAGAUGGUCCAUCAGAAAAAAAAACUGGAAAAAGAAGUGGUCCAGAUGAUAAAGUUCCAUUAUCAUCAUCAUCUAGUAAAACUAAUAGUCGUGCAGUUGAAAAGAGCAAAACUACACAAACAAAAGUAAAAAGUUAUUGCCAAUCGUAUAAACAUCAAUCGAGAUGA